CUAAAAUACUGAGCCAUACAGUCCUAGGAGAGGAGUGCAAGAGUGGAGGAAGCAGGUGGUGAAUGGACACACUGGAGAGCACCCUCUAAGUGGGUAAAGUGCCUUUUAAGAGUAGCUCAUUAAGAGCAAACUACAAGGCUCUUUGGACAUCCAGAGGUUGAUGGUCUAUUUAUAUUUUCUUCAAGAAGCAGAAGGGAGGAGAUUUGGAAGCUAAGGGGGACCUUGAGGUGUUUGAGUGCUCAAGUGGAUCUCAGAGUGCUCGCCUUUUAACUGUACUACCCAGCGAGCUUCCAUAGCAAUGUGGAUCUUGGAGCUGGUGCUGGGGUUGGCAUGGCUAGCAGGGAUGACUAAUGGUCAGAAUGAAACGGAACCUAUUCUUCUGGAGGGGAAAUGCCUGGUGGUUUGUGACUCUAACCCGACUUCUGACCCAACUGGCACUGCACUGGGCAUCUCUGUGCGCUCCGGAAGUGCCAAAGUGGCUUUCUCUGCCAUCAGGAACACCAACCACGAGCCCUCUGAGAUGAGUAACAAAUCCAUGACUAUAUACUUUGACCAGGUAUUGGUUAAUAUUGGAAACAGUUUUGAUUCGGAAAGAAGCACCUUCAUAUCCCCCAGAAAAGGGAUUUACAGCUUUAAUUUCCAUGUGGUGAAAGUGUACAAUCGACAAACUAUUCAGGUGAGCCUGAUGUUGAAUGGAUGGCCUGUGAUUUCUGCCUUUGCGGGUGACCAGGAUGUGACAAGAGAAGCAGCCAGCAAUGGUGUUCUUAUUCAAAUGGAGAAAGGAGACAGAGCUUACCUAAAAAUAGACAAGGGCAAUUUGAUGGGAGGAUGGAAGUUUUCAACAUUUUCUGGAUUUCUGGUAUUCCCCCUUUAAAAUGACUAUUUUUUCCCCCCUAGAGCAGCAAGCGACAAAGGAGAGAUUGUUUGCUAUUGCCCCCAAAUAGCUGCACUUAGAGACUCAGACGGGACCUUUUUCACUUUGAAAUAUCCAAGACCCCCACAUAUCUAAUUGUGUGUUCACCUGCUUCGGAAACUUUAAUAUUGUAACAGACAAGGAACUAGUGAGAUCAGCUGUCAUUUCAUUAUAUUACACUUUUAGGGGG